CAAAAGAGCUCGUAAUACGGGACAUUAUCAUGAACUGGGACACCAUAGGACAGCACACCAACAUCAACCUUGAUCUCUUUCUCGAAAUAACAAAUUUCUGCAUAGACAGCAGUUAUUUCAAAUUUCGAGAAAAAUUUUAUGAACAGACUUUCGGCACAGCUAUGGGCAGUCCCUUAUCCCCAAUUCUAGCGGAAGUAGUCAUGGAGGUACUACUCAGGACUGUCACCAACAAACUGAAAUUCCCUGUUCCAGUAAUUAAAAAAUACGUGGAUGACCUUUUCAUGGCAUUACCAGCGGAUAAAAUCGAAGAAACAUUGCAAAUUUUCAACAGUUACCACCAGAGCCUCCAGUUUACGGUAGAAAAGGAGUCCGAUGGAAAACUGCCGUUCCUCGAUACACUCGUCACUCGAAACCCGGACCAAACACUCUCCACACAAUGGUAUUCAAAACCUAUAUCAUCCGGCCGCCUCCUCAACUACCAUUCGUUCCACCCCACAAUGAUGAAAGUCAACGUCGCAGCCAACUUUAUCCACAGAGUUAAAUCGCUCACCACCUCCAAUCAAACUCAAAACCAGCUGGAAAACAACAUAUUUCUUCAUCUCCGUCGGAACAACUAUCCAUCAUCGCUCAUCAACCGCCUUCUCUGCCGAUCCAGAACAGCCAUCCCCCAGAACAACCGACAAAUAGAAAACACCACUCCGAACGUACAUCCAUCCGCAACAGAUCCAAUAGCAGCAGCAUCCACAAGCAAUCAACAGAUCCAGAAUCAUCCAUCCACCGAGUCUCUCCAAUAUAGAAGCCUUCCCUUCAUCGCACAUCUCAGCCCCACAAUCGCCAGCCUACUGAAAAACGAUUUUCCUCAAGUAAGAAUAGCCUACAAAACACUAAAAAACACAAAAACGAUAUUAAGAUCGGUAAAAGACCCUCUCCCCAUACUUGACCAGCAUAAUGUAAUCUACAGUCUAAGCUGUAAAAACUGUCAACAAACCUACAUUGGGAUGACUAGAAACCAAUUAAAAACACGCAUGAACGGACACAGAAGCAAUAUACACGAAUACACAAAACAUAUCCAAAACAACAAGACACAAACAGAUGAAGAGAUGAUCAGAUUAGGAGAAAAAACAGCAGUGAUGAAACACAUUAUCGAAAAUAACCAUAUGUUCAACACAACACAACCAAAAAUCCUAGAUAGAACAAACAGAACUGCAAAAUUACCCAUACUAGAAAUGUGUCAUAUUGCCAGUAGAUCCAACACAGUUAACCACCGUACCGAUGUCGAUGGUCUAAGCACGACGUAUGCUGGACUUCUACACUCUAUUAAAAAGUCCAAUAGUCGGAAACGACACACCACUACUACCAUAGAACAAAUGUCAACAGAACAAACGGUUCAAAAUCAUCUUCCACAAAACUGAGAACGCACCCUAAAAUGACUAAUACCUCCCCUAAAGAAAAAUUUCCACCAUUCUUUUAAAACAGUCGUUACCAGUGCACAGUGUAUAAUACAAAAAUUAAAAAUCUAAAAUAACAACACGUAGUAAGUUAGGUAAAAUUCCCAUAAAACAAUCAAAUUGUACCCCACAUUUUCUACUACACAGUACAUGAAAAGCAACCCAGAAGAGCAUUCUAUAUGCAAAAACUACAAAAACGAUAGACGGUAGACACUACGACCCUUGAAAAAGGCCAAAUCCCUAGGCCGAAACGUCGGGAAUGUAGAUAAAAAUCGUUCUUGAAUCAAAGACUGAGAAAGCCAUCCCCCUUUCCGACCUG